GUAAUGUUAACAAUUGGUUCCCAACUUUCCAUCUUUUUCAUCAAAAGCUGCAUCAACAACAAUAUCCGAGUUCCUCAUAGGUAGUAUGAAAUAUCAAAAAGCUUAUGAUGGAGUCUUCGUUUUCUGGUUAGGCUGGUAUCCGAUGGUUGCUAUUACCAAUCACAAGGCUGCAGAGGCUGUUUUAAGCUUACCAAAUCACAAAAAAGGUGAAGAAUAUGCAUUCCUUGGUCUUGAAGAUGGUAUUGUUGUCUCUCAUGGAGAUAAAUGGAAAGCCAGACGAAAAAUGAUUGAACCUUUUUUCAACACCAAAAGCCUGACAGCCUCCAUUUCAGGAAUGAACCAAGCUUUUAAUUUAAUGACCAAUGAAUUGAAGGAGAAACGAAUUGAAACCAUUGACAUGGGUGAAAAUAUUCACAAACGUUCCCUGGAUAUUAUCAUGAAAAGUACAAUGAGUGUACCAAUUGUGGACAAAAUUGAAUAUAAAAAAACUGCCAUAAGUGACAUUGAAGCAUGUGAAACUAUAGCUCUAACCCGUAUACUUAAUCCUGCUCUGUGGGUUGAUGCCAUCUUUUAUCAAACCAAUGCUGGAAGAUAUUUCAAGAAAGCUACCGGGCGACUUAUGGCCUUUAUGGAGGAAAAGAUUGUUGAAAGGAUCAACGAAAAGAGUGAAAUGGCCAGCAAAGUUGAUGAAAAGGAGCAAAAGAUGAGACAUGAUCUCAUCGAUCUACUGGUCAUGCAUCAUGAUCCAAACUCUAAAGAUGUCACCCAAUCAAUUGAUGUUACUGGAAUUACAGAGGAAAUUCUCAACCUACUGGUCGCUGGACAUGAUACCAUCUCUGCUGGAUUAAGAUGGACACUUUUCCUUUUAGGUAAUCAUCUCGACUGGCAGGAGAAAAUUUAUGAGGAAAUUUCAAACAAUCUUGAUAUUGAUCAAGAUCCUGAAACCUUGGAAGAUAUCAACAGCUUGGUUUACUUGGAUUGGUGUAUAAAGGAAAGCAUGAGGCUUUUCCCUCCUAUUCCGCUUGUUACCCGAACACUAGAGUAUGCAGUUGAAACUGGUAAACAUACCAUUCCGAAGGGUACAGCAAUUGUUUUUUCAUAUUACACUAUCCAACGAGAUGAGAAGAUUUGGGAUAAUCCUGAAUUAUUUGAUCCGGAGCGUUUUAGUCCAGAAAGAUUCUCUAAAAUACCCAAAUAUGGCUACUUACCUUUUGGUCAUGGUAAAAGAAGCUGCAUUGGCAAGAGAUUUGCUGUAACUGAGAUGAAAAUUUUCAUCAUUCAUUUGAUGAGACAUUAUAGUUGGGUUUCUACUCAGAAAGUCAAUCAAGUUAGCUUUGGAAUGGAUGUAACGACUAAACCAUUAGCACCACUAACCAUAAGGCUUACUCCGAGAAAUAAGUCUCAGUGAAACCCCAUUUCUUGUCUUGAUACCCAUUUUUAGUUUUCAAUUAUACUCUUAUAAAUUAUUA